CUCUGUUUGCCGAUCUCACAACUGGGUUUCAAGAAAUGAGUUUGUGCGGCGGGAGUGUUCACCACCACCACCACCACCACCACCACCACCACCACCACCACCGCACUCACCUCUUUCAAAAUUAACUUCCUCCAUCCUCUGUUUGCCGAUCUCGCAGCUGGGUUUCAAGAAAUGAGUUUGUGCGGCGGGAGUGUUUCUGCGGCAGACUUCACCGGCCAAACCAACUCAAUUCCCAUGCCCGUAGGACAACACAGUUUGAAAUUUUCAUUUCUACAAGCAAGCAGAAGUAAGAAUAGGAGGAACGUCGCCCGUGGUCCUUUGCAGGUAGUAUGUAUGGAUUACCCAAGACCAGAGCUUGACAACACUAUUAAUUUGUUGGAAGCUGCUUCUCUAUAUUCAUCUUUCUGUACUUCCUCUCGACCGGCAAAGCCACUCAAAGUUGUAAUUGCUGGGGCAGGUUUAGCUGGUUUGUCCACUGCAAAAUAUUCGGCAGAUGCACGUCACAAGCCUCUGUUGCUGGAAGCAAGAGAUGUUCUAGUUGGUGCUUACCCAAAUAUUUGGAACCUGUUCGGAGAACUUGGCAUCAAUGAUUGCUCGAAGUGGAAAGAGCAUUCUAUGAUAUUUGCAAUGCCAAAUAAACCAGGAGAGUUCAGCCGGUUUGAUUUCCCAGAAGUUCUACCAGCAACUUUCAAUGGAAUAUGGGCCAUAUUGAAGAAUAAUGAAAUGCUGACUUGGCCAGAGAAAGUGAAAUUUGCAAUUGGGCUCCUUCCAGCAAUGAUUGGUGGGCAAGCUUAUGUUGAGGCUCAAGAUGGUUUAAGUGUGACACAGUGGAUGAGGAAUCAGGUUUGACAGAAAACUGAAGAACACAUAUGAUCACUUACUCUUCAGCAGAAGUCCCCUUCUAAGUGUGUAUGCUGACAUGUCUGUGACAUGUAAAGUAAACAUUGUCAUUGAUGGCUAUCUAUUUCGUUGUUCUACCUCAACUUAUGUUUCUUUAAGCCAACAGUUGGUUUUUGCCCCUGCAGAAGAGUGGAUUUCAAGAAGCAACUCCAAAAUUAUUGAUGCUACGAUGAAGGAACUUGCUAAACUUUUUCCAGAUGAAAUCUGCAGAUCAGAGCAAAGCGAAAAUCUUAAAGUAUUACGGUGUUAAGACACCAAGGUUAGACUCAAAACUAAGAGGUCUGUAUACAAAACCACUCCAAAUUGUGAACCAUGCCGUCCUUUGCAAAGAUCUCCUGUAGAGGGGUUCUAUCUAGCAGGUGACUACACAAAGCAAAAGUAUUUGGCCUCAAUGGAAGGUGCUGUUCUUUCAGGGAAGCUUUGUGCACGGUCCAUUGUACUGGAUUACAAAUUACUUGUUUCUUCGGGGGAAAGGAAGUUGGCAGCGGCAACUCUUUGAUUACAUAAUUGGUAUUAGAUUUUGCGAGGCACUGAGAAUCACCUAGAGAUUGGUUGCUACUCAAAAACAAAGUGGUAUAGUAUUUCAGCGAUCUUGAUAUCAUUAGUUCAUUGCCCCAUAAAAAUUGGUAAUCUCUACAAAGACAGCUUCCUGAACUCUUCAAAAGUUUAUAUCCUUAAGUUCUAUCAUUAGUCAUUUUGUAGUUAGUUAAUAGCUAUCUUUAUUGGCAUUACGAUUAAGCCACUUCUGUCUCCUUUCGUUUUUCUUUCUACUGUUCUCUCUCUCUCUCUCUUUAAUGUGUUGUAUAGUCCAGCCUUCAAUGUGGGGCUGUCUUCAGACUGC